UGUGUGGAGAAAGUGGCUUUAGCAGGCUGCUACACUCCUCAUCAGACCUUUGAGCAGUAAGGCAGAAACGAAACUCAGCAAACAACCAUUUCAUGAAAGUGAAACUAAUCUGUAUUGGACGGCAGUGUUGGAGAUUUGCAUAUAUAGUCAUCUGGAGACGGCCAGGAACUGCUUUUUAGGUGCAGCUGCCACGGUGGCUUUAUAUGCUGGAGGAAUGGAAACAUAAAGCAACUGGACAUGAAAUGAUGUUGAAGAAGGUAAAGCUAUUAUGGCGGAUAACCAAAAGCUUAGUGCCAUGAACUCCACAGGGGACAUUCAUCCUGAAGUUCAAGAUCAUGAGGCCGAAAGCAAAUUCCACACAGUAUGCAGUGUGACAAAUGAAGAUGCAAGCAUUGCACCAUUUCAGACAGGUGAACAAGAUAAUUCACAGCAGAAGGAAGAUGCUAAGAGUCCAUCAAGCUUUGUACUUCAAGAAGAUGAAGAGACCCAACUUUAUAACAAACGGACAUACUUGCAGCAGGUAGCAUGGAAACUGUUUCAAGACUAUGAGAAAAAACUGCAGACAAGGCGCUUCACUGGAGAGCUCCACAGUGAAAAGCUUAAAGAAUCCUUUCAUCACCUCCACCAGUAUCUUCUAAAGGAGGAAGAAACACGUAUUGCCAAACAGGAAAAUACAGUAGAAACAUCUAUUAAGGAUUUGGAGGCUAGGGUCCAGACAUUGCUAGGGUUGUCCUCCACCAUUACAGAUUUUCUAGUGAAACUAGAAAAAGGACACACGGUAAUUCAGACCAUGGAACAUUUAAAGAUAGUCAGAGAUCAGCUAGAGGAGAUGUCCAAAUUCGAUGUACCUCUAAAAAGUUACGCAUCACAUUUCCAGGUCCAGGAAUGGCGAGGUAUACGGCAUAUUCUAAAACCAAUGGCAAAAUCACUAUGCUUCGACUCCAACAGUGCUAACCCUAAUCUAUUCCUAUCACAAAAUCUUAAACAGGUUAGAUACACAAACUUCCCUCAACGUAGAUACACCACAACCUUCUUCUACCCAGGGCUUUAUGUACUAGGAUUGCCGGGGUUUCAGAGUGGUCAACAUUACUGGGAGGUGGAUGUUGGCCAUAAGAGCAACUGGAUACUUGGCAUAGUGAAAGAUACAGUGCCACGAAAGGGACCUCAUAAUCUUAGCAUCAACAAUGGUUUUUUUGUGGUGCGUAAACAAGAAGACAACGUAUAUUAUGGAUGUGACCUAUCAACUCUUAAACUUAUGGACUCACCGAUGAGAAUCGGGGUGUUUGUGGAUGUUUCUAGUGGUCACAUAGCUUUUUCUAAUGCAGAUAACACAGAGUUGAUUUUUGUCAUGUCCGGAUGUUCCUUUGUUGGGAAACUUUUUCCAUUCUUUUGUCCAGGGGUUCCUGUUAGAGAAGAAGACUUGGGCCCAUUAUCCCUAUGCUAUUAACUAUAUCAAAAUACAUGUAGGACAGUGGUGUACCUCUGAUAGAGACAGACCACGCAGCUGCUAUUGGGCCUGUGUGCGAAACGGGGCCCAUAGUGAGUGAAAAGCCCUACCCCUUAAUUACACUUAUUACUGUCCAGCUCUGUCCUCCCCUUUCUCUUCAUCUGCACCCCAUUUCCUUAUUUUUUCCUCAAUCUCACAUAUAUAUAUAGUACUGUAGAAACAACCACUAUUACCUUAUGUACCUCACACAUCAGUACACUGUUAUACAUAUAUCAGUGAGUCUUAUGGGGCGAAUACUAAUGAGUGCUUCUAUUCUGGAAGCACAGCUGACCAUGUCCAGAGCACGAGAGGUAGGUGGAUUUUUUUAUUUUAUUAUAUUUGCUCUGAGGCAUGGGGUCUCAUCUGUGGCAUGGGGGG